UUCCCUGCAGCUGCCAUGCACCAGGUAAUCACAGGGAUGCUUUUUUCCUUGCAGAAAAUGCCACGUGACUGGCUGCUGGUCAUAACCUGGGUGUUGCUGCUGGUGACAACAGCCUUUGCCAUGGGGUGCCCCAAGAUCAAAGUGGCAACAUGCGAGGACUGCAUCCAGUCUGGUCCUGACUGUGCCUGGUGCAAGAAUCCAAGUUUCACCAAAGCUGGUGAGCCAGACUCCGUCCGCUGUGACACCAUCGAGGAGCUGCAGCAGAGGGGAUGCCCAGACAAUGAGAUUGAGUUUCCAGUCAGCAUCAUUACAAGAACACAGGACAGUCCCUUAAGCAAUGAGAUACAACUGGCUCCUCAGAAGGUGCACCUGAAAUUGAGGAUAGGCCAGCCUGCUGAAUUUGAGGUGAAGUUUCGCCGUGCUGUGGGGUACCCCAUUGAUCUCUACUACCUGAUGGACCUCUCCUACUCUAUGCUGGAUGACCUGGAGAAGGUGAAGAAGCUGGGAGGGGAGCUGCUAAGAGCUCUAGAGAGUACAACCCCUUCUCGUCGCAUAGGGUUUGGCUCCUUUGUGGACAAGACAGUUCUGCCCUUUGUGAACACACACCCUGAGAAGCUGCAGAACCCCUGCCCCAACAAGGACAAGCAGUGCCAGCCUCCGUUCGCCUUCAAGCACAUCCUCUCACUGACUGACAAUGCCAAGAAGUUUGAGAGUGAAGUGGGGAAGCAGUUCAUCUCGGGGAACCUUGAUGCCCCAGAGGGGGGACUAGAUGCCAUGAUGCAGGCCGCAGUGUGUGGGGACUUGAUCGGCUGGCGCAAUGUGACUCGCUUACUGGUGUAUGCUACUGAUGAUGGCUUCCACUUUGCUGGUGAUGGCAAGCUUGGGGGCAUCCUAACACCCAACGAUGGCCAGUGUCACUUGGAGGACAACAUGUACAAAAAAAGCAAUGAGUUUGACUACCCAUCUGUUGGCCAGCUGGUCCAGAAACUCACUGAAAACAACAUUCAGCCCAUUUUUGCUGUCACCAGUAAAGUGGUGGAUGUUUACAAGAAACUCAGUGAGAUGAUCCCAAAAUCAGCAGUGGGAGAGCUGAACGAGGACUCCAGCAACGUCAUUGAUCUCAUCAAGGAGGCCUACAAGAACCUCUCUUCCCAGAUCAUCCUGGACCACUCCACCCUGCCAGAUGUCCUGGAUAUCAAAUAUGACUCUCUGUGCAAUGGCACUGUCAGCAUGGACAAAGCAAAAGGGCAGUGCGACAAUGUCAAGAUCAAUGAAGAGAUCACUUUCAAAGUGAAAGUCACAGCCAAGGAGUGCAUCACAAGCCAGUCUUUCACCAUUCGGCCACUGGGCUUCACAGACACUCUCACUGUUCACCUGGACAGCAACUGCAACUGCAACUGUAAGGAGCAGCCAGACUCAACCACCUGCAAUGGGAAAGGCAAGAUUGUCUGUGGGAUAUGCAGCUGCUAUUCUGGCUAUACAGGGAAGAACUGCGAGUGUGAUACCAAAGGCAAGACAAGCAAGGAGCUGGAGAGCAGCUGCCGGAAGGACAACAGCUCGGUGGUCUGCUCAGGGCUGGGGGACUGCGUGUGUGGUCAGUGCAUCUGUCACACCAGCAACAUGCCCAACAAGCAGAUCUACGGCACCUUCUGCGAGUGUGACAACAUGAACUGCGAGUUUCACAAUGGCUUCCCCUGCGGUGGCAAAGGACGUGGGACAUGUGACUGUGGGGAGUGCAAGUGCGUAGAUGGGUAUGAGGGCAGUGCCUGCCAGUGCAAGAAGUCGACAAAUGACUGCUUGAAUGCACGUGGGAAUGAGUGCAGCCACCGUGGGACCUGCCACUGCAACCGCUGCCAGUGCCAGAAGGGAUACCAGCCCCCACUCUGCGAGGACUGCCCCGGCUGCCCCUCACCCUGUGGAAGAUAUGUCUCCUGUGUAGAGUGCAAGGCCUUCCUGAGUGGUCCCUUUGAGAAGAACUGCUCCCAAGCCUGCCCCAACAUACAAGUGGUCAAGGAGUCAAAGGGCGUGAGUAGUCAUUGUAGGGAGAAAGACUCCCAGAACUGCUGGAUCUCCUUCCACAUGGUCCAGGAGGACGGCAAUGAGAUAUACACUGUCACCGUUGAUCCUGAUAAAGAGUGCCCGGAGCCUCCUAACAUUGCAUUGAUUGUGGGCAGCAGUGUUGCCGGAGUGGCCCUCAUCGGCCUGGUGCUCCUCCUGAUCUGGCGGCUCCUGACAGAGCUGUUUGACCGCCGGGAAUUCCGACGGUUUGAGAAGGAGAAAUCCAAGGCCAAGUGGAACGAUGCUGAUAAUCCCCUCUUCAAGAGUGCCACCACCACUGUUGUGAACCCCAGGUUCAAUGAAUAAUGAAGCAGAGCAUCCCCCGGAAGCAUUAGGACCCUUCAAAUAAAGAAAUGCCAAACUAAGGAAAUCUCAAACUAAGGCUCCCAGCCCUUCUUCUUUAUCCUGUUGGUUCAUUCCCUUCUUCCAAGAAGCCACCAAUGUGUCAGGUACAGGCCAAGGAGCUGCAUCAUGCACGUCUUCUGGCACAGUGCUCAAUGAUUGGGUUAGCAGAUCUCGGAGAAGGAAACAGACACAGCUUUGCCAUGGAUGGGGCUGCAGAGCAGAUCUCACCCACAGGCACACACAGUGACUCCUGUACCAGGUGCCAACUGUCUCAGCUCUUGAUGCUAGCUUUGCCUUCUGUCAGGAGUCUUGGACACCAAGCUCCAAAUCCAGCUGAGUGCACAGCAUGCUUCCAGCUUUGAUAUGGAGCUGGGAUUUCAGAACUGCCAUUUCCUUUCUGCUUUAGCGGAAUCUGCUUCCUGGCUGCUCCAUGCCUUCUACUGCUGCACUGGUCACCACCACUAUGUUUGCACUAGUUCCUGAAGUACUUGCAGAAUAGCUGGAUGUGGAGGGCACUCCAAGCUGGCAGUCUGCUCUGGUGAUUGCAAAGAGGUGAUGGGCCCUGAGAGCUAGUGAGCACCUGUACCUGAAGAUGAAGAGUGGCUGGGCACCAUGCACUGAAUCUUUUUUCAAAUUAUCAUCUGCUUCCUGGUGUUGCUCCCCUCUCAGAUCUACCUCAGGAAAGGUUCUACUUGGGCUUCUGCACAUUUGGCUUACCUCCACCAGGCCUUGAGCCCUCCACAGGACAAGAAGGCAAAGGAGCAACUGUUUGAACUAUGAAACAUCAGCACCAAGUGCAUGAAACAUUACCUACAGCUCAGAGCUCUGCCACAGCUUCUUCCACCACCCCCAGAGCUAGAACUCUUCCCUGCUUUGUGAGAAUAUCAGACAUGCCAAGGGAUAGCCAUGCAAAAGACUUGGCAGUACUGGGAGCAUCUCCAGGACUUUUCCAAACCAUGCAGAGCAGCUAAUUACUCAUUCAUUGUGGGCUCAUUCUUAUGA